AUGGCUUAUCCUCUCUCCACAAGCUCUCGUUGGAUCGUGGACGAGAACGGUCAACGGGUUAAGCUUGUGUGCGCGAACUGGCCAUCGCACCUCCAGCCCGUGGUGGCGGAAGGGCUGAGCAAGCAACCGGUGGACACAUUGGCCAAGAAGAUAGUGGAAAUGGGUUUCAAUUGUGUUAGGUUAACUUGGCCGUUGGAUUUGAUGACCAAUGAGACAUUGGCUAAUAAUGUCACAGUGAGACAAUCUUUUCAAAGCUUUGGUCUUAAUGAUGACAUUGUUGGCUUCCAAACCAACAACCCCUCCAUUAUUGAUCUUUCCCUCAUUGAAGCUUUCAAGAUGGUGGUUACUACAUUAGGAAACAAUGAUGUGAUGGUGAUUUUAGACGACCAUCUAACGAAACCAGGGUGGUGCUGUGCCAACAACGAUGGUAACGGUUUCUUCGGUGACCGGUUCUUCGAUCCCACCGUGUGGACCGCCGCUUUGAGUAAAAUGGCUGCAACCUUCGAUGGUGUCUCUAAUGUUGUUGGCAUGAGUCUAAGGAAUGAACUUAGAGGGCCUAAACAAAACGUUAAUGAUUGGUUCAAGUAUAUGCAACAAGGAGCUGAAGCAGUUCAUUCAGCAAACAAGAACGUACUUGUAAUCCUCUCCGGUCUCAGCUUUGACUCCGAUCUCUCCUUCGUUAGGUCGCGACAGGUUAAUCUAUCUUUCACCGGAAAACUUGUCUUCGAGCUCCAUUGGUAUGCUUUCUCAGACGGAAACUCGUGGGCAAGCAAUAACCCUAACGAUCUAUGCGGUCGAGUUCUAAACCGGAUUGGAAACGGUGGCGGUUUUCUCCUUAACAAAGGCUUUCCGUUGUUCCUCAGCGAGUUUGGUAUAGACGAAAGAGGACGAAGCGCGAAUGACGACCGCUAUUUUGGAUGUUUAAGCGGUUGGGCCGCUGAAAACGACGUCGAUUGGUCGCUAUGGGCGCUUACCGGAAGCUAUUACUUAAGACAAGGCGUGGUCGGGAUGAAUGAGUAUUAUGGUGCGUUGGAUUCGAAUUGGACUAGUGUUCGAAAUUCAAGUUUUUUGCAAAAGAUCUCUCUUCUUCAAUCUUCACUUCAAGGACCGGGCCCUCGAACUGAUGCUUACAAUCUGGUUCUCCAUCCCUUAACCGGACUUUGCCUACUACGAUCUCUUAGUGACACAACACUGCUCACUCUUGGUCCGUGCAAUAGUUCCGAACCAUGGAGCUACACUAAGAAAACCUUAAGAAUCAAAGACCAGCCUUUGUGUUUACAGAGCAACGGACCCAAAAACAGGGUUACGAUGACUCGGACAAGUUGCUCGAGACCCGAUUCAAAAUGGCAGACCAUCUCGGCCUCUAGGAUGCACUUAGCUUCGACGACAAGUAACAAGAGUUCUAUUUGCCUUGACGUGGACGCAACUAACAAUGUCGUGGCUAAUGCUUGCAAGUGUCUGAGUAAGGACAAUUCAUGUGAGCCAAUGAGUCAGUGGUUCAAGAUCAUUAAAGCCACAAGGCCACUAAAGGGCUCGAGAUUGUAUAAGCAGAUCUCUUCUUUAGAGAGUUUGACACCUAAGUCGGGUUUGUUGUAA